UAGCAGCCAAGGCGAGGCAGCAUACCCACCUGAUGGCACAGUCAGACACUUGGUGGCUCGGUUGUGUAUCGGUCGGUUGGUCGGUGUAGUGCUCCAUGAUAUAACCUCCACCCUUGGCUGUCGGUCGAGGACAUCGUCGAGCACAGUAUAGUGUGUGGUCGGUGUGUGGCAGCACAUGUGUGUGUGCUGUGAAGCCCCAUUUACCUCUGAAAGUGUACAUUAGCCAGCAACAAGCACGAGAACACCAGGAUAAGCAUUACACACACAUCGACACACACCGACAUAGACACCAAUAGGGUGGAGUGUCGCUAUUCUAAAAACACCCCGAUCCCGAUGGGGGUGCCUGGUAGCUCGUAACGCGCCGCUGGCCACUUAACCUCGCGCCACAGCACGCACACCGGUGUCAGCACAAUUGCGGUCUCUGUUGCGGUGGACACUGUGGAUGUUGGCGUUUUAUUUGGACCAUUAAAGCAAGUGUUUGGUGAGAGUUCAUAGGUCGAGACAGCAGGCCCGGCUUGGGGUUUCGAUUGAGUCGUCAGAACGGCAAAGAAGACUUCGAGGAUUCUAAGAACAUGAGAUGCUGUGUAACGAAUACCAAAUCAAAAGAGCAUCUACCAGAGUCGAACACCGUCAAGGUGAGGUCCUCGUGAGGUGCUUUGAAUACCUCAGAUCAGAUCAGAUCAUGGUUUGGUAAUUCCACACCGACUGGUAAUCCUCUGCCGAUUGGCUUUACGCGCGAGUCGGGCAGCAUUAUCCAAGGCAGACGAAGGAGCAGAAGGACGUUCAUGUAAUCCAACCGCAGUACCGUGCCGUGCCAGGCGUGGGCAAAUCGCAUAACACUCAACCCACGUGGAACGGUGAGCCAUUUCCAUGCGAAGCUGUCAAGUGCAGACACCACGGAGGUUGACUUCUGCACUUUUUCACUUUCUCUCUGUCGCUCUGGGCGACGUUGUGUGUGUGUGCCUGUGUAUGGGGGGAGUCGGGUGUUCUGUUCCGAAGUACACCUAACCUUAGACAGUGUAUGCUAAUCCCGAGCCGAACCGAGACCAUCCUGACCUGCCGCCAGUGUCCACCGGGCAUUUGUGGUCGGCAAUAAAUCGCAAACGCAGACACUGCAGAGGGUCAAAGGCACAGUACCAGUGACAGCAGAUUGCUGGUGCCAGGAUAUACCGUUGGUGUGUCCAUUUCCUUCUUUGCACACUGUUGGAUACUUUUUUGGGUUGGAGGAGGAGAAUGUUGCUGAGGCUUGAAGGCAUCACCACCAGUGCGACCACCACCGAACGUGCCGGUACCGGUACUCACCGGAGUGCGAAGAACAGUGCGACCACGACGACGGUCUCGGUGGACCGGCAUACAGCCGGUAGCACGUCCGAGGUGAAACCAAUUCCGUCGAGAUUAGGAACGCGAAAUGAAGAGAUCAAUCGGAACACUGUGACCAGCCAAUCGAACAGUACCGGAAUGUCGUCAGCAUUCGGCAGUAUGCAGGUAACGGUUACAAUGUUACACCGUACUACCACUUCGGCACCACCGGCACUAGCCACCAGCACCACGACCGCCCCUACGACCACGAGUAGUACCGCGAGCACCAUCACCAGCAGUCGAUCGACCACCGAGCAACCGGCACGAAAGGUAGACAUUCUGAUCUACCCAACAGUUUCACCGGAAACGAUCGUCGUACCAAUACUGUCCUGCAUCAUCGGUUUUCCCAUCUUUGCCCUGCUCGUCAUCUGCUGCCUACGCCGGCGAGCGAAAAUCGCUCGCGAACGUGACCGACGGAGGAACUUCGACCUGAAAGCAAACACCAUUACGCUGGUACGCUUUAACUCGCACCACAUCAACAGCCAGCGAUCGAUUCUGCUUCAAUCUGGCGACAGCUUGAGCCGAGGAUAUCCCUCUCUGGAUCUGGACACAGUGUACGAGGAGCGAAGCGACACGCAUGGCAGUGCACAGCUUGAUUCGCCGGCUGCCCAUAUGUUGCCUCUGUCCGACUCGGCACCAGAUACGGACAACGAGCAUUGCUAGCAGGACGAAAGUCCGAUCCGGCUCCGGCGCACGGAGCUGGUCGGAGGAGUGCUAGACUCACCGAGACCGGCAUCCAUUAGUAGUUCGAUGAGCAUCGGUGGUGCAGCGGGCAUUCCACCACUCGGUAGCUACGGUAAGGAUCGGGAUGACACGGUGCUGGAUCUGGUGCGUGGCAAACGGAAACGGUUCCGUAACACCAAACACAAACGGUUGGCCGUUUCACACAGUGAAACCAACCUGAGCGGACUGGAGCGUGGCAGAGCGAGAGCCGAUGUCCCGGCCAUAGUCGAUAGCGGUCACGCUAGCCUGGACAUUGCGGUAGAUGAACCGAAACGAUCCUCCAAGGUCCGGGGUAGUAGCUCGGUAAAGUCCGGUGGCCGCCGUAAGGCACUGCAACGCCAACGGGAGAUCAGCGAUGGUAUCCGGGCACCGCUCUGGACCACGUUGACCCACGCGCAGACAAUAAGCGAUUACGAGAUCUAAGUUUGCCGCCUAGCCACCGCCAACAAACUUUUAAACGGUUUCCAGUUUUACGUGUUUUGACUGAUAGCUAGAGCGUCUUUUGGAAAGAGUGGAGGUCAUUUAGGAGUUUGAAACAAGUUUAGAGGAGCGGAAAGGGAAAGGAUAGGAUAUAAUUCCCUUUUUAAGUAACAAGGAUGUUAGCUUGACUCUGCACUGGCAGAAUACGCAAGACGGAUAGAAUGCGGAUGCAGCAAGAUGUAGAAGACACGCAAUAAAUUGAGGAACAGUAACGGGUAAUUACGGAAUGAGUUAGGCUUAAGGCAAGUGUGUAUGUGUAUGUGUGUGCAUGUGCAUUUAAGCGGAAAACUUUACCAUAUUAAUGGCAAACAUAUGGACAGAAAAAACUUUAAGAAAAGCAAAACAACAAAAGUGGUAACAUUCGUAACAUAACACAUUAAGUACCCCUUCACACUGUUGUUAACAAACUGUACAAUUAUACAUAUUUACAUAUUAAAGGAUAUACAUAUAUCUAUAUACAAAACUUGUUUACUUGAGUAAAAAAACAGCAAACGCUAAAUAACAAAAUUAACGGUUUCCUUGUACGUUUGGCGUGCUUAGCACUUAUUGUUGAUAAGUCAGCCAACCAAAUAAGCUAAAGUAGAUAUUGCUAACGAAAUGCUGAUAAAUUAUUGAAAGUUUAUGUAUUCAUGUAACCCUCUCCGCUCCGGUAGCUUAAACUGGGUGAGAUAAAUUUGAAAAAAAGGAUAAAGCUAAAACGUUAGUCUAACGCAAAAUGAAAGCAGGAAGCACGUGCUGGGACGGCAGCACCACCACGAACCGCCAGAGGCCGGGCGGGAUCGUUUUGGGUUUCAGAGUGGCAAACACUCACAACUGUACCACCUUGUAGCACAUUGAGAGAAGCUGAAAGUGAAGCAUUUGUGGCGUUGUCGAUGUUUAAACAGAAUGAAAUAUACAAUCGAUUGAAUGUAAUGUCUAGUAACCACGAAAGAGCGUGCAGGGUGAGCUGCGGUUCCUUCUUUCGUAAUCCGAACAAACGCUAAGGCAGA